AGACACCACAGAGUGUAUUUACGUUUCUCUUUUGGAAAAUUAUUCCGGAAACGAAACCCUGAGAACAGGAUGUGAUUAAUAGUGAGCUAGCAGCUGGAUGUCAGGAAGGCCUGGGCGGGUCAGCUUGGUAAGGAAGAGGAGUGGGCGAAGUUAACCCCGUGACGCGGAGCCCUACAGUCUGUCAAGUGAAGCCCCCUGAAAUCGGAAGAGUAAGGAGCCUGGGCGGUUUUUCGGUAGAAGUUUUGAGUGCAUUUUCAUUGGUUAAAAAAUGACUACUCUUGAAAAUUUAGAAACCAAAGUCACCCUUACUCCAACCCCAGUCCGAGGAGCAGGAGAUGGAAUGGAAACUGAGGAGCCGCCUAAAUCUGUUGAAGUUACCUCUGGAGUCCAACCCAUAAAGCAUCACAUCCUUCAGAAUCCACGGAAGAAAGCAGUUCCAGGGGAGAGCCCAGGAGUCCUUCAGCUCGGGAAGAUUCUCACUGAAAAAGCAGUGGAAGUUGAAGCUGUAAGAAUAUUAGUUCCCAAAGCUGCUAUAACUCAUGAUGUCCCCAACAAGAAUGCAAAGGUAAAGUCUCUGGGACAUCAUAGAGGAGAACUCCUUGGUCAGUCAGAGGGAACUGUAGAACCCAGAAAGGAACUAUCAGAGGUAAAGAAUAUAUUGGAAAAGCUCAAGAACUCUGAAAGGAGGUUACUACAGGACAAAGAAGGUCUUUCAAACCAGCUCAGAGUCCAGACAGAGGUCAAUCGAGAGUUAAAAAAGUUGCUAGUGGCUUCUGUUGGGGAUGAUCUUCAGUAUCAUUUUGAACGUCUAGCCCGUGAGAAAAAUCAGCUUAUUUUAGAAAAUGAAGCCCUAGGUCAAAACACAGCUCAACUUUCUGAACAGCUGGAACGUAUGUCAAUACAGUGUGACGUAUGGCGGAGCAAAUUCCUCGCAAGCAGGGUAAUGGCAGAUGAGUUAACCAGUUCCAGAGCAGGAUUGCAGCGUCAAAACCGCGAUGCACAGAGUGCUAUUCAAGAUCUCCUGAGUGAACGGGAACAGUUUCGUCAGGAAAUGAUAGCUACCCAGAAAUUAUUGGAGGAGCUCCUGGUGUCCUUGCAGUGGGGAAGAGAGCAAACUUACUACCCUAGUACACAGCCUCACACCACAACAGAACUAGCAUUAAAAAAUCACAAGUUGGCAAAAGCUGUAAAUGCUCAUCUUCUGGGAAAUGUUGGCACUAACGGUCAAAAAAAGAUUCCAUCAACGGUUGAAUUCUACAGCACCCCAGCAGAAAAAAUGGCUGAAACGGUUCUACGCAUUUUGGAUCCAGUUACCUGUACAGAAAGCUCACCUGAUAAUCCAUUUUCUGAGUCUUCACCAACUGCCUUACUUGCUACAAAGAAAAAUAUUGGACGAUUUCAUCCCUAUACUAGAUAUGAAAAUAUAACUUUCAAUUGCUGCAAUCACUGCCAGGGAGAACUUAUUGUCCUUUAACAUUCAAUAUGUUGGAGGCAUGCUACAGGCCCUUGCUUCUUACCCAAGAGUCAUUAUUAUUUGGGAGCUGGAGUUCUUACAAUGGUAGAAUGUCACUUUCUAUUUAAGUAAUAUAUAUCCCCAACAAUGUUUCAUGUACUGGACCACAGAUUACCCUUUCUUAAUAAAUACCUCAGGAUAAGAAAAGAAUGAAACCGUGUAGAUAUAUUUAAAGUAGAUGAUAGUUUCCAGGCAUACAUGAUACUUUUCCUAAAGGACUCUGAAAGAAAAAGAUCCUACCUUUAUUUUAGGCCCUAAGUUAUAUCUUGCUGUGUGUUUAACAUGAGCAGAUUUAAUUGUGGUACUCUAAUGCAGGGUGGGUCAUAUGCAGCUACAGCCAUUCAUUUACUGUUGUCUAUGGUUGUUGGGUUUGGGGUUUUUUGGCACUACAGCAGAAUUGAAUAGAUGCACAGGGCUUGUUUGGCCUGCAAAACUUAAAAUAUCCUAUCUGGCCCUUUACGGGAAAAUUUUUCUGGCCCCCACUCUAAAGGAAUAAUAGCUGGCAGGGGGAUGGGUGAAGGGAGUGUCCAUUCCCUUUUUGGUGAUUUAUUUUGGACUACAAAGGCAGCUUGUGGAAAUACUAUGGGUGAAGGGACUAAUAUUUUAAAACUAAAUGCUGUAUGUUAGGAAAAUUAUAAGUAUUUUAUAGCCACAUUAUCAAGUGUUUCAGCAAAACGUAUUCUCAUGUUGGUUUUAUGUGGGGAAUUCCAUAGUUCGAAUGGAUACAACUUGACAUAUAUAAAAGAAAUAGAUUUUACUGAGCUCGUUUUGACAAAUGCAACACAAUAGGAAUAUCCAAUUUGAUAUAAAAUGAGAAAGUAGGAUCCUUCUAGAACAUUGUACAAACGCCAAAUGCAAUCCAUUAUUAAUUUAUAUUAAUAUAUAUUAUUGUUUAUGUGGACCAUCAUAAAACACCCUUUUAUAAGCCUUUUAAAAUAUCCACAAUAUGUUUAUACCAAAUUACACUAUAUUAGUUGCAGAAUUGCCUAUUAAAAGAGAAAUCUAAAGACAAAUCUGGUGAAAAAACAUAUUUUAAUGUCAACCUAAUGAGUUUUUUGUCUGAUUCAUCUAAGUUAAACUUUGAAAUGGCAAUAAAUUUCUCUACAUUCUUUA